GUAACACCGCUAUCGAUUGACGACGCUUGGCACCCGUUUCUCCAGUUGAAGGCAUAAUGAUACAGCGUCCUCCAGACCAGAGACCCGUGACGCACAGUCUCUUCUUUGACUCUCGCCGUGUUCCUCCCGAAGGCAUUUCUCCGGACUUCUGUGAUAAACCAAAUCCUGUCCUCGACUUGCUCUGUUUUGUUAGGCCCUGCACCACGAUCAUCCUCACCACCCUCCUUGGAAGCCAGGCACGAACUUGUGGACAGCUGAACGACAAGGGCUGUCGACGUCGCCGUACACCGGUGUACAUACCGCCGGUGACUCUAAACCCCGUCGUGUUCCGGAGGAGGGCAGAAUCAGAACAUUCGAUUUGAACCUGGAGGUGUUUUUCGAGCGAUGCGCGCUCGGUGACGUCUCCCUAGGCACGGGCGCUGACUGCCUGUCUCAGGAUUAGGGUGUCCUGUGCUUCAUCCAAUAGGAUUUCUAUGACGGGGUGACAUACAUUUCUUGGGCAUUGACGCAACAUCGCACACUUUGGGGUCUCAGCAACGGCGAUGCUUGUACAUGCUCUGGAUGCCCAACCUGCUUCCGUGAUCACCUAUGAACGCAAAAGGCCAUACCUCGAUCUUUCCCAUAUACUUUGACGCUCUGAACUUUGUUCAGCCACCCAACUAUCAAGGCCCGAGAGAUCCCAAGCACAAGGCUUCUCCAGCCACCCAACCAUUGAAUUUUGAACGAUCCAGUUCUCCUUCAGCCACCCGACCGUUCAGGGCUUCGCUUUCAAACCUCUGCAGCCACACAACGAACACGAACACGAGUACCCAAUCCUCUGCGUUGAGAUGGCCAAGCCCUUCUCAUCCAGUGCUUGUUACUUCUCCAAUGUCCGUCAGGUCU